AUGGCGUCAAGUCAAAGCAGUGAAUUAGAUCAACAGAUUGAGCAAUUAAAACGUUGCGAAUAUCUCAAAGAAUCGGAAGUGAAAGCAUUAUGUCAAAAAGCACGUGAGAUCCUUGUGGAUGAGAGCAAUGUCCAACGUAUUGACGCUCCUGUGACGAUUUGUGGUGAUAUUCAUGGUCAAUUCUAUGACUUGAAAGAGUUGUUUAAUGUUGGUGGAGAAUGUCCAGAGACGAAUUACCUCUUUAUGGGUGAUUUUGUUGAUCGUGGGUUUUAUAGUGUGGAAACAUUCUUAUUGUUACUUGCAUUAAAGGUACGAUACCCGGAUCGUAUUACGUUGAUUCGUGGCAACCAUGAAAGUCGUCAGAUUACGCAAGUCUAUGGCUUUUAUGAUGAAUGUCUACGCAAAUAUGGCUCGGUGAAUGUCUGGCGAUACUGUACGGAAAUCUUUGAUUAUUUAAGUUUAUCAGCUAUUAUCGAAGACAAGAUCUUUUGCGUGCACGGUGGUUUGUCUCCGUCAAUCAAUACGUUGGACCAGAUUCGGAUUAUUGAUCGCAAGCAGGAAGUUCCACAUGACGGUGCGAUGUGCGACCUCAUGUGGUCUGAUCCGGAAGAUAUUGAUGGCUGGGGACUAAGUCCGCGUGGUGCUGGAUACUUGUUUGGUGGUGAUGUGGUGGAGAAGUUCAACCAGACGAACGAUAUUCAGCUCAUAUGCCGAGCACAUCAGCUAGUAAUGGAAGGACACAAGUCCAUGUUCAACAAUGCGCUGGUAACGGUCUGGUCUGCACCUAACUACUGCUACCGAUGUGGCAAUGUUGCGGCUAUCUUGGAGCUUGAUGAGAACUUGGAGCAGCGAUUCAAGAUUUUUGAAGCUGCACCACAAGAUGCACGUGGUGUGCCUGCGAAGAAGCCAGCUCCAGACUAUUUCUUGUAG